UGGCUGCCACCGUAGUACAGUCUUACAUGAUACCCGACACGCACAGCUCUGAGUGGAGAGCUGAGCAGAGCAGAGAGCCAAAACAUAAGGACAAGAAGAUAAGAACAGAUUUACCACCUCACCUAACGUCCCGGAUUCUAAGUUUAUAGUUUUUCUCUCUUUUUUCUUUAACAUCUCAUCAUUCUGCUGAACAUUCCGAUGUGUUUUUAUUUCCCCCCCACGUGAAUGAAUGUGAAUCCUUAGUAUUUGCAAGACUGGACCUUUUCUGAAAGGCUUCAUCAAUCCUAAACUACAGCCCGGAGAGAAGAAAGCCAGGAGGAGAAGAAGGAAGAAUGGAGACACCCAACGGCUUCUCUCCGGAUCGAAGCGUCCUUUGCUUGUUUGACGUGGACGGCACCCUGACACCACCCAGAGAAAAAAUCGAACCAAAGCUGGAUGAGUUCUUCCAGGGACUGAGGAGGAAAGUCAAGAUUGGGAUCGUGGGAGGCUCGGACUACCCCAAGAUAGCAGAGCAACUCGGGGAGGGAGACGAGGUGAUAGACAAGUUUGACUACGUGUUCGCUGAGAAUGGAACGGUGCAGUACAAGGACGGGAAGCUUCUUUCAAAACAUGCCAUUCAGAACCAUCUCGGAGAGGAGCUGCUGCAGGACCUGAUCAACUUCUGCCUCAGCUACAUGGGGCUCAUCAAGCUCCCAAAGAAAAGGCGAGUCAUGCGCCAAACUCUGAGGCUGCCGGAAAACACAUUCCUCUUCUCACUAGGGACUUUCAUUGAGUUCAGGAAUGGAAUGCUUAAUAUCUCUCCUAUUGGUCGAAGCUGCACACUGGAGGAACGGAUAGAAUUUUCUGAAAUUGACAAGAGGGAAAAGAUCAGGGAGAAAUUUGUGGCUGCCCUGAAGGAGGAAUUUGCUGGAAAGGGACUGCGCUUCACGAAAGGUGGUCUCAUCAGUUUUGAUGUUUUCCCUGAGGGAUGGGACAAAAGGCUGUGUUUAGAUCUGCUGGAGAGAGAAGGCCUGGAUGCCAUCUACUUCUUUGGCAACGAGACCUCAGAUGGAGGAAACGACUAUGAGAUUUUCAACGACCCGAGGACCAUCGGCUUCACGGUCUACUCUCCUGAGGACACGGCCAGACUCUGCCGAGAGCUCUUCUUUGAUCAGGAGUCCUGAUGUCCCGAUCCGCUCCCAUCCAGUCACCCACAGGCUCCUCUGAACUGGAUUGUGACCCGGAUCUUGAAGUCACCUUAUUUCUAAUAUUCUGGAAGAUACGACUACUGAUUUCUCCAUAUUUUUUUAUAUCAUUAUAUGAUAUCAGCAGACGGCAGUAGAUUUGCAAACUGCCACUGCCUGGUAGAGUUUUUUGGUUUUGUUUUUUAAACUUGCAGUAACUGACUCAUACUGUGGGAAUAUUUUAAGUUCUGUGUUUUACCUCUGUGACGUGACCCAGAAAGAUAUCAAAACAGGAAAAGUAAUCAUGCAGAUUACUGUCAGUGAAGGUGGAUAUUUUGCACAAAUGUUGGGAUGAUUUUAUCCCAGUAGUCAGUAUUUUUUAAAUGAUAAUAACUGUAGGAGGUGAGAGGAAGAAAGAGAUUGAGAUUAAAGUCUGUGAUAGUCAAGUGAAGACAGGGGCUUUUCUUCUUCUACUAUUUAGCAUACACAGAAGAGAACAUUCCAGCUGUUUUGAUGUGUGAAAUGGAUUGGAUUUGUUGUUGGUUCACUGUAAGUUUCAAAGGUCUCCCACAGAAAACAAAAGAAACCUACUUGUGUUUGUAAAGGUUUAUCAAAUGCAUUCAAGGGACGAUUUCGCAAAUUUCUGUAUAUCUAACUGAUUGUUAAUGAGUCUGUGAACUCAUCUUAAUAAGUCAACGUCACUACUGUGGCCAAGCCGCGCUGUUUAACUUAUAAAACAAGAUUCUUUUUUAAACUCUUUAUCAGAGCUUGUAUGAUUACAAGUACUCCUUAAAAAUCUGGUUUAAGCAGUAUAUGCAAACAAAAACAAAAAUGUAACAAAUCAACGCAACUGAUUUCCAAUAAUGAUGUUUCUAAGCUAAUCUAAGUUUGCUUGUAGCAUUACAGUUUAACUUCUAUGAUCAUUUCAAGAUGUGUUAUUCAUUUUUUUAAAUGUUAACAUUCAGCCAUUGCACCAGGGGUCACGGGCUGGAUCUUUUUUGUUAGUAUGAGGCCUUUAAGUGCUUGUGUAGAUGAGAAAUUGUUUUGUUUUUGAGGGGAAACACUCCUCCACGAAAAUAACUGUAAUGAUCAUGAAGACAUUUGUUCACGGUUGAAAAUGAGAUUUUAAAGUAUACCUGAAGCUAGUUUUAAUACUGACAUGGUUUUAAGGUAGCAUAUGCAGAGAAAUGUAUAAUUGUUGUUCUAAUGUAAGUACAUACCUAUGUGUAUGUAUAUGUGUGUGUAUGCAUGCGUGUGUGUGUGUGCGUGCGUGCGUGCAUGUGUGUGUGUGUGUAUCAUCAGACAUACUAUGCCUCUUUCUUUUUCUGCCU